GAAAGAGAGAGAAGGAGAGAGAGAGGGCGCCGGAGAGGCGCUAAUUGAGCAGGAAACAGCAGCAUCAUUCUUGCCCAAGGAGCGGGUGUGGUGCUAGGCUGGACAAAAAAUCAUAACCAAUCUCAAACUAGAGCCUGCGCCGUCCUAACUCCUAACUCCUAAAUCAUUAGCCAACCUCGUUAGUAACCUGCCUGUCUGCUUCUUCUCCUUCUCUUCACGCCCUUUAUACUAAAUUCUCACCCUAUAAUUUCUUUUCUCCUCUAACGUCCUGUGUUAUUUUUUUAGCUAUGGAGGACGAGAUGAAGCUGCUUCUUGCAAAAUUGAUUGAAAUUCUUGAUGACAUUUCUUCUUUUUCUGAGUUUCAUUGCUCAGUAAGGCACCAGUGUCGCCAUCUGUUGAGGGGAUUGAGACUUUUAGCUCCUUUGUUUGAAGAAUUGCAGGAGUUUCAGGGCAAAGUCCCUGAAAAUACAAUAAAAGCUUUUGUUUCUUUGAUGGAUUCUUUCAUUAAGGCUAAGGAUUGGCUUCAAUUUUGCAGCAACGGCAGCAAAAUUUACAUGAUACUGGGGAUGGAUCAGAUGAUGCAUAAAUUUCAAGAACUUGCAGGUCAGUUUGUGAAGGCCUUAAGUGAGAUUUCCCUUGAUGAAAUUGACAUUUCAGAAGAAAUUAAAGAGCAGGUUGAGCUUGUGCAUAUUCAAUUUGCAAGAUCCCAGAAACAGCUUGAUAUACCUGAUUUGGAGUUGUUCAAGGAUUUUUCUCUUGUUUUCAAUCAAAACAAUGAGGUAGGUACUGAUCCGGCUGUUCUUCAGAAGAUAUGUGCAAAGCUAAAUUUGAUGAGUGCUGAAGACCUUGAGAAAGACUCAAUAGCUCUGCAUGCGAUGCAUGUUGCUAGUGGUGGAAAUCUUGAGGACAAAGAAAAAAUAUCUAUAUUGCUAAAAAAAUUUAAAGAUUUUUUCCUGGCAGGGCAUGCUAAAUCCAAUAUUUCUGCGGAUUUAGUCUGUUCUCCUCCUGGUUGUGAUGGCCAAGGCUGUCACGUGCACACUACUGACCUAUCUUCCCAGUCACAGAAUAUACCAGAUGAUUUCCGUUGCCCAAUAUCCCUGGUAUUGAUGAAAGAUCCUGUAACGAUUUCAACAGGUCAGACCUACGAACGAGCUUGCAUUAAGAAAUGGCUUGAUAGUGGGCAUAGAACAUGUCCCAAGACGCAACAGGUCCUAUCUAACACAGUUCUCAUUCCAAACCAUGCCUUAAGCAGUAUAAUUUCCAUUUGGUGUGAGGCCAAUGGAGUGGAAUCCCCUAAAAAAUUCGGCAAUUUACAUCUGUGCAAGGCAUUUUCUGCCUGCUUUGUUGAAGGGGUGAAACUUGAUACUCUUUUCAGCCAGCUCGUUUCAAGUAACAUUGAGGAUCAGCAAUCUGCUGCAGGUGAGAUCCGUCGACUUUGUAAGCAUAACAGUGAAAACCGUGUAUGUAUUGCUGAUGCUGGUGCAAUCCCCCUCCUUGCUGAACUGCUCUAUGCAAAUGACAGUCUCACCCAAGAGCAUGCUGUUACUGCUCUUCUGAAUCUUUCUAUUCGUAAUGCUAACCAAAGAAUUAUUGUUUCGUCUGGGGCUAUUCCUGGCAUCCUUCAUGUGCUAAAAAGUGGGAAUAUGGAAGCAAGAGAGAAUGCAGCAGCAACCUUUUUUAGCCUGUCUUUCGUGGAUGACUACAAAGUGAGUAUUGGUGCAUCUGGAGCAAUCCCAGCUUUAGUAGCACUGUUGAGUGAAGGUUGGCGAAGGGGGAAGGUUGAUGCUGCAAAAGCUCUUUUCCAGUUGUGCUUGUACCAAGGGAAUAAGAGACGAGCAGUGAGGGCUGGAGCAGUGUCCUUGCUGGUGACAAUGCUAACAGAGCCUGGUUGUGAAAUGGUGGAUGAGGCAUUGGCAGUCAUGGCCGUAUUAGUUAGCGAUCCUUACGGAAGAAGAAUAAUUGGAGUAUUGGACACUUUGCCAACAUUGGUGGAGUUAGUAAUGAAUGGAUCUCCCAUGAGCAAAGAAAAUGCAGCGUCAGUGAUUCUGCAUGUCUGUUCUGGAGAUCCUGACCAUCUGUCAGAGGCCAUAUUGCUUGGUGUCAAGGAUCCACUUCAGGACUUAGCAGAGAAUGGCACAAUAAGGGGCAAACAGAAGGCUGCUCAGUUGCUUGAGCUUAUUGAUAGCUUUGGAGGUCAGCAUGAACAAAGCUCUACUGCAUACUAAUUCUCAACCUCGUGUUCAGCCAUUAUAGCUUCCACCUCUAACAGGCAGUACAGAUGAUCAGGCAAUUACUAAUUUAUAAUUCAAAAUGUGUUCUAUUCUUACAUUAUUUGCUUAAUUCAUUUUAUUGAUUCAAAGGCAAUCUUGCAGUAAUUUAUUAUCAUUAUUUUGGGGGAAGCAGGUUUCCUCUCAGUGAAGAUUCUGUGAAAGGGAAGAGACAAAUUAUUUAACAUACCUUUGGUCUUUAAUAUCAAGGAACAGAUCAUAUUGUUUAUGAAUUUACAUGUAUAUCCUUGUUAUGUUGGCUACUCAGAUGACUUAGAAAUGGGCUGAAGUAUCUUUUCUAGAUACCAAUUUUAUAUUGCCAUUUGGCUUUGAUAUAGAGAUGAUUGAGACUGUGGAAUCUAUUUGUGGUAAA